CUGCGAUCGCAGAGCAGUCGUCAGUCAUGUGUGAGCAUCGGUGCAUCAACACGCUAGCGGCCAAGGCCAAGUCUGAUCUUGUCUACUUGACAUCUCUCUCAACUUGAAGAGACCGCGGUGGGUCUAGUUAGUCAUCUGGUACAGCGUGUCAUCGUGAGCCCUUGGAAUCCCGUCAGUCAUCAUGUCUGUAUUUUGAAGAAGUAACACAUCUGUAUAAGCAAUGAAACAAAAGAGAAAGAUCACACAUGUCGCCGACCAAUUUGUCUGACGCGUUGUUAACCUUCUCACGUGUGAUGGAGCAUCGGGGUGCCAGCAGCUGGGAAUAUGAGCCUGGUUCGUGACUAUUCUCGAGUGAUUGAACUGUGGCCUACACAACUUCAUAUCAACUGAUCGUCAUAACCUCACCGGAUAAGGCAUUGAUAUGGCUUGCAGUGUGUAAUAAUUCAAGUACAUCACAGUUGUCCAUCCGAACACUUGUGCCUGUAUUGCUAUAGCGUAUGUACUCAAGACAGUCCAGUGUCCACAAGUGAAGCAUGUGGAAUAUGUUGUGCGCAGCUGCAAGGAAGGGCUCACUGUUCAGGCUGAGGCCCGGUAGGGGUGUAAAAGCGUACAUGUAUGUGUAUUUGUGUAUCGGGUUACUUGUGACAUGUAGUGUUACGCAAGUGGCGAAGGAAGGCGGCAAGAUCUGCCGUAGCAUGGAUAUACGGAACAGAGUUCAGGCCUUGCAACGUCUCAGCGGCUGCCGCGUUGUGGAAGGGUUUGUGCGCGUCGUGCUGAUAGACAGGGCAAAUGAGACUGACUACUACAGGUUCAGCUUUCCCGAGCUCCGCGAGAUCACCGAUUACUUGCUCGUAUACAGAGUGGCAGGGCUCACGAGUCUGGGCAAGCUGUUUCCUAACCUCACCGUCAUCCGAGGCAACUCCCUCUUCGUGGACUACGCCUUGGUCGUGUACGAGAUGUUCCAGCUGCAGGAGAUUGGCCUGAGGAGCCUGACCGCUGUCCUCCGCGGAUCCGUCCGUUUCGAUAAGAACCCGGAGCUUUGUUAUGUGGACACUGUGGACUGGAGAUCGAUUCUUCGCAACGGAGAACACUUCGCAGCCAGCAACAAGGAGGUUCCGUUGUGUCCCAGCUGUCCUGCCAGUUGCGAGAGUGCCAACUGCUGGGGUCCCGGCGUUUGCCACAGUCUGAGGAAGAAUGAGACCAACUGCCACCGGCUGUGUCUUGGGGGAUGUACGGGGCUGGGGUCAGACCAAUGCUCUGCCUGCACCAGCGUGGUCGACGAGCACGGGGUUUGUGUCGACAGCUGUCCGACUGACAGGUUUGAAUUCGUGGGCCGACGUUGCGUGACUGAAGAGGAGUGUCGUAAUUCGACCGUACCACCACCUCCAUAUCUCCAGAGAGAUCUUCGUGCAGGUCUCCCAAACAAGGCCUGGAUUCCCUUCAACGGAACGUGCAGCCUGACAUGUCCUCAGGGUUAUCAGACGUACACCGACAGUGGCGGCAAGCAGCUGUGUGAAGCUUGUGUGGAUCACUGUCGGAAAAUCUGUGGCAAUGCGACUCGGAUCCCAGUUGAGAACAUCUAUGAUAUACAGAGCCUCAACGGUUGUACUUACGUCAACGGUUCUUUGGCGAUCCACCUGAUGGGAAAUAAAGUGGUUGAGGAAUUAGAAAAUAACUUUGACGCAAUCGAAGAAAUUAGCGGCUACUUGAAGAUCUCCCACUCGUACCCACUGGUAACCCUUAAUUUCUUUAAGAAACUAAAAGUGAUUCACGGACUGCGACUUGAAAGUGAUAAGUUUGCAUUAGUCAUAGUGGGCAAUGAUAAUCUUCAAGAACUGUGGAAUUGGGAAGCCCGCCCUCGAAAUUUUACUAUUGAGAAAGGCACCAUAUCUCUGCACUCCAAUCCAAAACUAUGCAUCGCAGAAAUAGACGAACUGAGAGAUAUUGCUGGGCUUCACAACAACAGCGCAGAUGAAAUUUCAUACGAAUCCAACGGCAACGAAGUUACUUGCAUCGUAAUUAAAAUGAAUGCGUCUUCGGUGGUGAUCAAUUCCACAUCCGUAACUAUUCAGUGGGAUCCCUUCCACGUCCCCAGAGGGCGUGGGACACUGUUAGGCUACACAGUACACUACAUGGAAACUGCUGUCAGAAAUGUGACCCUUGAAACUGACAAUGACGCCUGUGGAGUUGAUAAAUGGAAAGUAGCUUACGUUGUCCUCACUACCAACCAAUCAGCAACUCCUACCAGAAUGUGCCAUAACGUCACCCAUCUGAAACCCUUCACUCUAUAUGCUUACUAUGUAAAAUCGUACGUGACGGCGUCGGCUACGGAAGAGGGAAGGAGCUCCAUUCAAUAUUUCAGGACUUAUCCAGACAGACCUUCCAUUCCUAGACGCAUCAUAGCUUACUCUAAUUCAAGUUCAGAAAUAAUUCUACACUGGCAACCUCCUCUGUUUCCAAACGGGGAAAUAUCUCAUUAUAUUAUAGUAGGUUGGCGUCAUUUUGAUGACGCCAAAUUGUUAGACCAGAGAGACUAUUGUCAGUUGCCUCUAGAAUAUCAAAAAGAAAAUGGAGAGAAUCAGUUAUUGUAUGACGAAUCUAAACCGACGGAUUCCUGUUGCAAACCAGUAUCUCGUGAAACUUGUAUAUCCAACGACGACUCAAGCUUUAAUGUCAUAUACACCCAAGAAUCUGUUAAUGAAGAAGAUUCCUGCGACAAGGAAAAUUCAAUCUAUAGUGUUCUAUACAGCCCUCGAUUGUACGGAAAUGGAGGAGGGAUAUAUGACUCUGUUGAUCUUGCGGAUGGUCAUUUCAUGCAGAGAUCUGAAGGAAAUACCACAACUGUAGUCAUCAAGGAUCUUCAUCAUUUUUCCAAAUAUACUAUGAAGGUUGUAGUCUGCAGGAAGAACCAUUCCGGAGAAGUUGAUUUUGAGUGGAAUGAUAAACAGUGCAGUCCAGCCAGUCUCAUUACAGCUCGAACUCGGAAACUGGAAACUGCAGAUCACAUAGAUUCAAGUUCUGUUAAAGUCACAGUUGCAUCGGGGACUGUGAGAGUGUUUUGGUUGGAACCUUCAAGUCCGAAUGGGAUUGUGGUAACAUAUCACGUGGAAUAUAGAAGGACCGAUAUAAUAAAUAUCAAACCUGUCGUGGUGUGUGUGACCAAACUUCAGUUUGAGAGGGGGAAAAAUUGGUUUGUUUUGAGCAACUUGGCUCCAGGAAAAUAUGCCCUGCGUAUUAAAACCACGUCUCUCGCAGGUGAAAGUAAAUACACAAAUAUUGCGACGUUCACAGUGAACAGAGAGAUUCAGACUGCGUCUCGCCGUCCCGAGAUUUUCGUUCUCCUAUCAGUGAUUAUUAUUUCCUCGAUUCUUCUCUUUUGUCUUUCAUAUUUUCUGUGGAGGAAAAUGAAAGAGAAUGCUUUUAGGACUAUUGUGACGUCACCAAACCCAGAAUACGUGAGUCUCGCUAUUUACGAGCCGGACGAGUGGGAAAUUGUAAGAGACAAAAUAGAGCUGGUGCGGAUGCUUAGUAAGGGCUCUUUCGGUAUUGUAUAUGAGGGAAUUCUUUGGCCGGCGAACAUUCGUUGUGCCGUGAAAACUGUGGAUGAAAAGGCUACUGUUCGAGAGCGAAUUGAAUUCCUUACUGAAGCUUCGGUGAUGAAGUCUUUCACCGGUGGGCAUCAUGUAGUGAGACUCUUUGGAGUGGUUUCUAGAGGCCAACCUCCUCUCGUGGUGAUGGAGCUUAUGGCUCUUGGAGACUUGAAGACAUUUCUGAGAGAAGCCAGAAAUAUGGUCCCGUCUCCCAUUAAUCUUUCUCGUAUAUUACUGAUGGCUGCGCAGAUUGCUGACGGCAUGGCAUACCUUGAAGCUAGUAAGUUUGUCCACAGAGACUUGGCUGCAAGAAAUUGUAUGCUGUCAGAAAACGGGACGGUCAAAAUCGGGGACUUUGGAAUGGCGCGAGAUAUUUACGAGACAGAUUACUAUCGAAAAGGAAACAAGGGUUUGCUACCAGUCAGAUGGAUGGCGCCAGAGAGUCUAGCGGAUGGAAUAUUCACGAAUCAAUCUGAUGUAUGGAGUUAUGGUGUUGUAUUAUGGGAAAUAUCAACCCUUGCCGAACAACCAUAUCAAGGACUUGCCAACGAACAAGUUCUACAAUUUGUCCUAAGAGGCGAGCUGCUAGAAAAACCUGACAGUUGUCCAGAUAUUUUGUACAGGCUUAUGAUAGCAUGUUGGCAAAAGCGACCGAUAAAUAGACCUACUUUCUUGAGGCUUGUCGGUAUAAUAGAAUCCGUUACUGAGGUGGGAGAUGAGUUCAGACAAUCAUCAUUCUACCACAGCCAAACGGGUCACGAGUUGAGGGGUACAUGGUAUCAACAAAGAACAAGGUCCUUCUUUGAGGAAGAUAUAUUCGAAGAUACGAGCUGUUUCCAGUCUUGUGAAAGAACUGAAAGAUUUGACUCUCCGUUGUUAAGUGGUGAAUUUAAUUCUCUUGUUCCUGAAAAAAGGACAUCUGCGAGCGUGAAUUCUAAUAUGGAAACGUUACCUAAUAAUAGUCGUUCCAGUAUUGCUGAACCUCAUUAUUUAAAUAUGUGUAAGCGAACUUCAAGAUUUAAUGCUGAUGAAUACAUCUUGGGUGAUUUUGGCAACUAAUAGAUUAUGAUGGUUCCUGUGUACCUCUUAACGACCAACAGCUCAGAAAUUCUGGACCUGCCAUUGAAGGUACACAAUGUCAUAUAUUUAUGAAACAGAAAUAUUUAUACCAGUGGCGAGCAGCCGUUACUGCACAGGAGUCAAUACAGAAAGUUGAAAUACCUGCAUGGGAGGCAGAUCAAACUGGUAAAAUGAUAUUUUCCUUUAAUUUUAACAAAAUAUUGUUUUGUUUUAAUUAACAAAAAGGCUAUACUGAUAUGAAUACCUAUUAAAACAUGGUGAUAUAUGCA